AUGACUCUCAGUUUAAACACAAGAGAAGAAGGCUUAGCUACGGACGUAGUAAGAAGUGGGGAUAACAGCAUGGUUUCAAGUGUUUUGAAAAUAGCUUUGUCAGCGCUUGGAAUUCUGGGAAUUGUUCUAGCUAUAUCUGGCGGUGUUUUAUAUAGCAUGAUUCCGAAUUUGAUUAAGAAAAAAAUUGACGAGCAACUGGUGUUAGCCGAAGGAACUACAAUGUUCGAGAACUGGAAGAAUAUUCCAGUGCCUAUAUACGUCAGGAUUUAUAUUUUCAACGUCACCAACCCUGCUGACGUCACCUUUAAUGGCGCGAAACCUGUAUUGGAAGAAGUGGGUCCCUACACUUUCAAGGAAACUAGAGUUAAAGAGAUUAUCGGAUGGAACAAAGAAGAAGACACUGUACUCUACCACGAAGUAAAAUCCUAUGUUUUUGAAAAAGGACUUUCAGCUGGAACCCAAGAUGAAAUAGUCUACGUCAUAAACGUACCGUUACUGGGAAUUGUUAAAGUUGCUCUUGAGAAAGUGUCAGCUUUAAUUCGCCCAUUCUUCUUACCAGUACUGAAUUCCUUGUUCAAGAAAUACAAGGAAGAAUUGUUUGUGAAACGGUUGGUUCGUGAGCUUCUCUUUGAUGGUUAUGGAGUGCCCCUGAUGAAGGAUCUGGCCCUACUAGCCAAACCAUUUAUAAAGAUACCACAGUUACUACCAAACAACACUUUUGGCCUUUUUUAUGGUAAAAACAACUCUCGAGGUGGAACGUUAUCAGUUUUUACGGGAGUACGAGAUUCCAGUAAAUUCACUCUUAUGAACACUUGGGAAAAUAAAAG